CAAAGACAUAAAGAUCACCAUCAUCCUCCUCCUCAUCAUCAUCAUCAGUGGUGCGCUCCGAGCUGCCUUUUUGGCCACUUUGGUGCCGAUCCGAGUGCGCGUCAGGGCGCGCAGCUUCAGGGUUCUGCUGCCCGGAGAGGUUCGGAGCGACUCGUUUUAAGGAUGAUAGUUGUUGGAUGUUUCCUCGUGUUGCUGUGCGGGAUCACGCGUGUCAUGGCAGGUUAUCCCAUUUGGUGGUCGCUAGCGGUGGGCCACACGUCGUUGGGAACACAACCCAUCCUCUGCAGUAGCAUCCCAGGGCUGGUUCCCAAACAGCUGCGCUUUUGCCGGAACUACGUGGAGAUCAUGCCCAGCGUGGCAGAAGGAGUGAAGAUCGGCAUCCAGGAGUGUCAACACCAGUUCAGAGGGCGACGCUGGAACUGCACGACCGUCAACGACAACCUGGCUAUCUUCGGGCCAGUGCUGGAUAAAGCGACUCGAGAGUCUGCGUUCGUCCACGCCAUUGCCUCAGCCGGAGUGGCCUUCGCCGUGACCCGAGCCUGCGCCGACGGAUCCGCCACCAUCUGCGGCUGCGACACGCGACACAAGGGCCCCCCCGGCGAGGGAUGGAAGUGGGGAGGCUGCAGCGAAGAUGUGGAUUUUGGGAGCAUGGUGUCCAGGGAGUUUGCGGACGCCAGGGAGAACCGCCCCGACGCGCGCUCAGCCAUGAAUCGCCAUAACAACGAGGCAGGACGCACGUCUCUCAACGACAACAUCUUUCUCAAGUGCAAGUGUCACGGACUCUCGGGCAGCUGCGAAGUGAAGACGUGCUGGUUGUCUCAGCCGGACUUCAGGGCGAUUGGCGACUACAUGAAGGAUAAAUACGACAGCGCCUCGGAGAUGGUGGUGGAGAAACACAAGGAGUCCAGCGGCUGGGUGGAGACGCUGAGGCCAAGGUACAACUACUUCAAACCACCCACGGAGCGCGACCUCGUGUACUACGAAGGCUCGCCCAACUUCUGCGACCCCAACCCUCAGACAGGGUCCUUCGGGACACGUGACCGUGUCUGCAACCUGACGUCGCACGGCAUCGACGGCUGCGACCUACUGUGCUGCGGCCGAGGCCACAACACGCGGACCGAGCGACGCAAAGAGAAGUGUCAUUGCAUCUUCCACUGGUGCUGCUACGUCAGCUGCCAGGAGUGCGUCAGAGUCUACGACGUGCACACCUGCAAAUAGCGUCAGGACGCAGGGACUUUGGACUUCUGUCCACUUUAGUGAGAACUUGAAGAGGUGUUGUGGUGCUAAAAAAAAGUUACAAAAAAAGUCUCUUACUGACCCAGAAAGGGUGAAUAUCAACACCAUAUUGGUGCUUUUCUUCAAUCUUUGUCUUCCAUGGAUUGAAUUUCCUAAGAGUUGCAAAUUCUAUCGAGUCUGAAAACGAGGACAUUUAGGACAAAGCUACUGUAUUGUCGUUCUCAUUAGUGCGUCCACCAACUAACAUCAGGACUGCAAGAGCGUCUCCUGAGUGAAUGUAGUCUUCAAGUGUUUACAAAGUCUCACAUUCUUAGGCUAAACAAGUCAAGCCCUCAACCUGGUGAAACAACGUGGACUUUUACAACCAAAGACGUGUACCAGUAACACAUCCCCCCUACCCCUUAACAAACCUUUUUUUUAAAGACGGUAAAGUCCAGCACUUGUCCAUUGAGUCAUAUGAAGCAUGUUGUAUUUGUUUUUAUCAGUAUUAUUGACCGCGUCUCACAUGACUGGAUGACAUGCAGUUUUUCUUAUUUUUAAAAAAAUAUCCUGCUUACCUUAUUUUGAAGGAGUGUUCGGGCCAUGCUGAAAAGAACACAAUAGUUCCCUUACCAGGACAAAAGGAUGAAAAUAUAGUGCUAAUGUUAACAGAAAUAUGUUCUUGAAAUAUACUUUUCUUGACAAAAAAAUACAAAAUGCUGUUAUAUAUACACUUUAUUAUGGUAAAAUUAUGUUGUGAUUAGUAUAAUUUUUUCCUUGUUUAUUUUUAUUAUCUUUAUCAUUAGUCACGACCAUUUUCAUAUUCUUUGAUAUCGCAACCUAAUUGUAACAAUUGUACACACAUACUUUUUCAAAUUUUUGUAAAAUUCUGACUUUAUUCCUGCAACUGCAUCUUAAUUUAAAAACAAAUACCGUAUUACCUUGAAUUGCCGCAGGGCAUAUAGUAUGCGCCUGCCUUGAAUUACUCGCUUCCCAAAAUAAUUAGCACAUGCUUAGUAUUACCGCCUGGUCAAACUCGUGACGUCACGAGUGACACUUCCCCUCUCGUCAUUUUCAAAAUGGAGGCUGAUUUCAAUACCGGUAAUUUGAAAUCGCAUAAAGGGAAGAAGAUUAAGAGCUAUUCAGGAGGAUUUAAGGUCCAAGCUUACAUCACACUCAAAUUUUGACUGCAUACCUUUGGUAAGUGCUGGAGUGAGAAGAGGUUUUAAAAUAAUUAGCGCAUGCUUACUUUUACCGCAUGCCUUUGGUAAGCGCAGGAGUGAGAAGACGUUUUAAAUUAAUUAGCGCCCCGGCGGAAAUUCAAGGAAAUACGGUAUAUAUAUUUUUAUGCUUAGAUUUUUCCUGGUCAAAUAAAUGUAUUGUCUUAAUUUUUAGCCUUUUUUUUCUUUUUUUUAAAAUAAGACUCAGGGGCUGAAAAAAAAAAUCGCAAUUAGUCCCACAAAAUUCAGGAUUUAUUCUUGUAGUUUUAUUACUUAAUUCUCAUCUCUUUCCACGUUAUUGUUGUAAAAUUAUGUUGUGGUUAGCACAGGUUUUUUCCUUGUUUUAUUUUUAUGGUUUGACAGUUCUCAUUAUCUUUAUCAUUAAAGUCACAACCAUUUUUAUUUUCUUUAAUAUCGCAACUUAAAUUGUAACAAUUGUAUACAAAUACUUUUUUAAAUUAUGGUAAAAUUCCGACUUUAUUCUGAAUCUACACCUUAAUUUAAAAAAAAAAAAAAAUCUUUUUUUUUUUUUUUUUUUCCUGGUCAAUAGUAUAGUCUUAAUUUUUGGCACUUUUUUUUUCGAAAAUAAGACUUUGGGGCUGAAAAAAAAAUCAAUUUGUCUCACAAAAUUCAGGAUUUAUUCUUGUAGUAUUAUUCAAUUCUCAUCACUUUCCACAUUAUUCUGGUAAAAUAAUUUUUUUGGUUAGUAAAGGGUUCUUCCUUGUUUUAUUAUUUUAAUGGUUUGAUAGUUCUCAUUGUCUUUAUCAUUAAAGUCACGACCAUGUUUAUAUUUAAUAUCGCAACUUAAUUGUCGUAAAUUUUAAUUGUAAAUUCUUGUAAAAUGUUGACUUUAUUCCACCACCUACACCUUAAUUUUAAAAGAAACAAAAAAAAAUAUUUUUUUUUAGGUUUUUCUUGGUCAAAUAAAUGUAUUAUCUUAAAUGUUUGCCUUUUUUUCUGGAAAAUAACAUUUUGGGGCCAGAAAAAAACAAAUCACAAUUAGUGUAAAAUAAUUCAGGAUUUAUUAUUUUAGUAUUAUUUAAGUCUCAUCUCUUUCCUCUUUAUUCUGGUAAAAUUUUGUUGUGAUUAGUACAGGUUUUUCUUUGUUUUAUUUUUUUAAUGGUUUGGUCGUGACUAAUGAUAAAGAUGAGAACUGUAAAACCAUUAAAAUAAUAAAACAAGGAAAAACCUGUACUAAUCCCAACAUUAUUUUACCAGGAUGAAACUGAACGAGAUGAGGAUUAAGUAUCAAUACAAGAAUAAAUCCUGAAUUUUGUGAGACUAAUUGUGAUUUUUUUUUUCAGCCCCAAAGUUUUUUCUAGAAAAAAAAAAGGGUAAACAUUAAGACAAUUUUUUUAAUGGUUCGACAGUUCUCAUUAUCUUUAACAUUAAAGUCACAACCAUUUUCAUAUUCUUUAAUAUUGCAACUUAAUUGUAACAAUUGUAUACACUUUCUUUUUUAAAUUAUUGUAAAAUUCUGGCUUCAUUUCGGCAACGACAUCUUAAUUUCUUUUUAAACAAUUUAUUUUAUUCUGGUAAAAUUAUGUUGUGAUUAGUACAGGUUAUCCCUUGUUUUAUUAUUUCAAUGGUUUGUCAGUUCUCAUUAUCUUUAUCAUUGAAGUCACGACUAUUUUAAUAGUCUUUAAUAUCGCAAGUUAAUGGAAACAAUGGUAUACACAUACUUUUUAAAUUCUUGUAAAAUUCCAACUUUAUUCCGGCAACUACACCUUAAUUAAAAAAAGAUAUAUAAAUGUUUUUUCUUUUUUUUCCUGGUCAAAUAAUGGUAUUGUCUUGAUUAUCAUCUUUUAUUUUAUUUUUUUAGAAAAUAAGACUUUGGAGCUCAAAAAAAAAUCACAUCUGGUCUCACAAAAUUCAGGAUAUAUUCUUGUAUUAUUUCUUAAUUCUCAUUUCUUUCCACGCUAUUCUGGUAAAAUUAUGUUAUGAUUAGUACAGGUUUUACCUUGUUUUAUUCUUUCAGUGGUUUGACAGUUCUCCUUAUCUUUAUUAUCAAAUUCAUGACCAUUUUUAUAUUCUUUAAUAUCGCAACUUAUACUUUUUUUAAUUCUUGUAAAAUUCAAACGUUUUUCAGGCAACUACACAUUAAUAAAAAUAAAAAUAAAAUGUUUUUCCUGGUCAAGUAUUAAGUCUUAAUGUGUAGCCUUUUUGGGGAAAAUAAAAUUCUGGGGGUGGAAAGAAGAAAAAAAAAUCACAAUUUGUCUUACAAAAUUCAGGGAUUUAUUAUUGAAGUAUUAUUACUUAAUUCUCAUCUUUUUGUAAAUGUACACAAUUCAACAAAUGUUAUGUAACACUACAAUUUUGUUCAAGACUUCCUAUAAUAUUGCACAUUUUAAAAAAGAAAAGUAUAACCAUUUUUUUUAUUCUUGUAUUAUUUAAACUUUUUUUUUUCCUUUUCAAAUUACAAAAUGUUUUUGGUGAAAUGACAACUUUAAGCACACAAGAAACACUUCAAAGUUGAUACUUUUUUCAUUACAUUUUCUUGUAAGCUAGCUUAAUUCUCAUACAAAGAAUACUUCAUGUAUUUUCAGUGUGGCCCUAGAACGCUUCUAUACUGUUAAACAUUCCCUGCAAAAAGCACACACUACAACAAAGUGUGUCUUUCGUGUAGUUGUCGUGCAUGUUGUGAGCUGAGAAUAUCAAAACAAAACAAAACAAAAAAAAGUUUCUAUCUUCAAAUGCUGCUAAGAAAACAUUUUUUUUUGUUAUCGUCUCUUUCUAGGUGCUUAUCUUUGUAUAGUUUUCGGUUUUUCUUUCCGUGAAAGAAGUGUGUUUUAGCAAAAUGUGAAGUUUGGACUAAUUGGUUUGUACAUUUUAACCAAAUAGACCAAAGUAGCCUUUUUUUUUUUUUACAUCUGUAUUAGUUUUUUGUUGCUGUUGCAGUCGUGCGGCUGAUGACAGCAAACAUGAUUUGACUUGUUGCUCACUUUUAAUUUAACAUGACUCACCAUAACUUUUUUUUUUUUAAGUAGGUCAAAACUACUGAAAGCUGAGGCAAGGGGUCAUUUUCACAAAGGGCCACUUGAUUAGGUACACAUAUUGGUAUAUAUUACCAUUUCAAUGAGACAUGAACAUUACAAUCAAUGUUUUGGAUGCUAGUAGAUUGAGCAGGUGUACCUAAUGAAGUGACUGGUGAGUAUUUUUGCAGGUCAAUAUUGGGAUGCAGUACAGCUCAAUUCCUCAUGUUUGUUUUUAUGUAGUCAUUUAGCACAUUUGUUCUAUGUUCUUUCUUCUGUUCUAGCUUGUGCUCUCGUUUCUCUUCAAGUCCAAAGUUUUGUACAUAUGGUGUUUUUACGGAUGCGUUUUUUACAUUUAUUUAUUUUCGUCUCUGUAUAUAUUAGCAAGUGAAAGUAUAUAUUUACAUCAAGAAUGUUGUAUGUUUGGUAGAUCGUCUUUAUAAAGAAUACUCACAACACUGUAUUUGGCUUCAUGGCUGGUCUCACACUGACGACUGCAUCCUUAUUCUAGAUCUUUCCGCUCUGAAACACAUCAAAUAAAACAGCAUAAACAAGCAAAGAA